AUGGCUGAAAUUACUUUAGGUAGAUAUCUUUUCGAAAGAUUGCAUCAAUUACAAGUUAAUACCAUUUUCGGUGUUCCAGGUGAUUUCAAUUUAUCCUUAUUAGAUAAAAUUUAUGAAGUUGAAGAAGCUCAUGGUAAGAAUUCCUUAAGAUGGGCUGGUAACGCCAAUGAAUUGAAUGCUGCCUAUGCUGCCGAUGGUUAUUCCAGAGUUAAAGGUUUAGGUUGUAUAGUUACCACCUUUGGCGUUGGGGAAUUAUCUGCUUUAAAUGGUUUAGCUGGUUCUUAUGCUGAACAUGUUCCUGUAUUACAUGUUGUAGGUGUUCCAUCCAUCUCAUCUCAAGCUAAACAAUUAUUAUUACAUCAUACUUUAGGUAAUGGUGAUUUCACUGUUUUCCAUAGAAUGUCCAACAAUAUUUCUGAAACCACUGCUUUUAUUUCUGAUAUUAAUUCUGCUCCCGCUGAAAUUGAUAGAUGUAUUAGAACUGCUUGGAUUAGACAAAGACCAGUUUAUUUAGGUUUACCAGCUAAUUUGGUUGAUUUAAAAGUUCCAGCUUCUUUAUUAGAAACUCCUAUUGAUUUAGCUUUACAACCAAAUGAUCCAGAUGCUCAAGAAGAAGUUAUUGAAACUGUAUUAGAAUUGAUUCAUAAAGCUGAAAAUCCAAUCAUUUUAGUUGAUGCUUGUGCUUCAAGACAUGAUUCUAAAGAAGAAGUUCGUACUUUAAUUGAAACUACUCAAUUCCCUGUUUUCACUACUCCAAUGGGUAAAGGUUCAGUUGAUGAAGGUGGUGUUGAUGGUGAGUUAUUUGAAGAUGAUCCAAAUUUAAUUCAAAAAGUUACUGCCAGAUUAAGUGUUGGUAAAACUGCUGCUGCCAGAUUUGGUGGUGUUUAUGUUGGUACUUUAUCUAAACCAGAAGUUAAAGAAUUUGUUGAAAAUGCCGAUUUAAUUAUAUCUGUUGGUGCUUUAUUAUCUGAUUUCAACACUGGUUCAUUCUCAUAUUCAUACAAGACUAAAAAUAUUAUUGAAUUCCAUUCUGAUCAUACUAAAAUUAGACAAGCUACUUUCCCAGGGGUUCAAAUGAAAGAAGCUUUACAAACUUUAAAUUCAAGAGUUGGUCCAGCUUCUGCUCAUUAUAAAGUUAAACCAGUUCCAAAAAUUAAAUUAGCCAAUACUCCAGCCACUGGUGAUGUUAAAUUAACUCAAGAAUGGUUAUGGACUAGAGUUUCAUCAUGGUUUAGAGAAGGAGAUAUUAUUCUUACUGAAACUGGUACUUCAGCUUUUGGUAUUGUUCAAUCCAGAUUCCCAAAUAAUACUAUUGGUAUUUCUCAAGUUUUAUGGGGUUCAAUUGGGUUUGCAGUUGGUGCUACUUUAGGAGCUGUUAUGGCUGCUCAAGAAAUUGAUCCAGAUAAGAGAGUUAUCUUAUUUGUUGGUGAUGGUUCUUUACAAUUAACCGUUCAAGAAAUCUCCACUAUGAUUAGACAUGGUACUACUCCAUAUCUUUUUGUUUUAAAUAAUGAUGGUUAUACUAUUGAAAGAUUAAUUCAUGGUGAAAAUGCUUCUUAUAAUGAUAUUCAACCAUGGGAAAAUUUAGCUUUAUUACCAACUUUUAAAGCUAAACAUUAUGAUGCCAUUAGAAUCGCCACUAUUGGUGAAGCUGAAGCUUUAUUCAAGAAUAAAGAAUUUGGUAAGAAUUCAAAGAUUAGAAUGAUUGAAGUUAUGUUACCAAGAAUGGAUGCUCCAGCCAAUCUUGUUAAACAAGCUCAAAUCACAGCUGCUGAAAAUCAAUCCUAA